UCACGUGUGGGCUGGAGUAGUAGUGAAACUGAUUACUGUGAAGUUACGUACUGGAGCCGCUGAGCAAUAAUUUCUUUGGGAUUUAGAACCGCAGGCCCUUUCUUCCCCAUAGCCCACCCACUCUGCCUUGUACAAGCUAUGGCAACAGAUGAAAGUUUACUUCUCAAUAUUUCCGAGGACUUCCCAGGUUUUCACCGCCCAGAGCACAAGAAGUUCUCCAGAUCUGUAGGAGCCAAAGAGAGAAAGGGAGCACCAAAACAAGCAAAAACUACAAAAAGAAAGUUCCAAGGGGACAGUGAAGGACCCCCACCAAAACGAAAGAAUGAAAUAUUCUUAUCCCCUGCCAAGAAAACUGAUGUUAAAGAAGUUGAAAAGACUGUGAAGGGAAAGACAGAAGGUCUGAUUUCUCCCAAGAAGCACCCAGCUGUCCGUACUAAUGAGGGACAAGUGGAGAGGCCGUUCAUUAAGACUUCAUCAUUAUUUAAAAACAACCCUGAAAUUCCAGAAAUCCACAGAGCUAUGGUGAAGCAGGUACGGGAAAAAGUGUUUACUUCAGAUUCUUUUCAUGAGUUGGGCCUCCAUCCACACCUGAUUUCAACAAUAAACUCUGUCCUGAAAAUGACCAGCAUGACCAGUGUUCAGAAGCAAAGUAUUCCUUCGUUGCUAGAAGGCAGAGAUGCUCUUGUAAGAUCCCAGACAGGAUCAGGUAAAACGCUUGCCUAUUGCAUCCCUGUGGUUCAGUCUCUUCAAGCAAUGAAGUCGAGAAUACAGCGCAGCGAUGGACCCUAUGCCCUGGUAUUAGUACCAACAAGAGAGCUGGCUCUACAGAGCUUUGAUACCAUCCAGAAACUGCUUAAGCCAUUUACCUGGAUAGUGCCCGGAGUGUUAAUGGGGGGAGAGAAGAGAAAAUCAGAAAAGGCCAGACUACGUAAAGGGAUAAACAUCCUAAUCUCCACGCCUGGGCGUCUGGUAGAUCACAUUAAAUCCACCAAAAACAUUCAUUUCAGUCGAAUCCAGUGGUUGAUUAUUGAUGAAGCAGACAGGAUCCUGGACUUGGGUUUUGAGAAGGACAUCACAGUGAUUCUCAAUGCCAUAAAUGCAGAGUGUGAGAAACGUCAGAAUGUCCUUUUGUCAGCCACUCUCACUGAGGGUGUAACGAGGUUGGCAGAUAUCAGUUUGCACAAUCCAGUCAGUAUUUCUGUAUCAGAUGAAGCCUGUGACCAACGCACAAAAGGAUACAAAACAGCCGCAGAGUCCGGUCACCUAGGAGCAAGUGCUGAGCCGGACAGCUUUGCCGUGCCUGAGAAACUCCAACAGCACGUGACGCUGGUGCCCAGCAAACUGAAGCUCGUCACGCUAGCAGCCUUCAUUCUCGGAAGAUGCGAGUUCGAGAAAGACCAGAAGCUGAUUGUCUUUUUCUCGAGCUGUGAGCUGGUUGAGUUCUACUACCAUCUCUUCCUCCAGACCCUGCUGGGCAGCUCCACGGCCCCAGCAUCAGGGCAGUCACCAUCUGCCUCCUCCCGAUUAAAAUUCCUGCGUCUGCAUGGCAACAUGGAACAGGAGGAAAGAACAGCAGUUUUUCAGGAGUUCUCACUGUCCAAAUCAGGCAUCUUGCUUUGUACGGACGUUGCAGCUCGGGGCUUAGAUCUCCCUCAGGUCACAUGGAUUGUUCAGUACAAUGCUCCAUCUUCACCUGCAGAAUACAUCCACCGGAUUGGGAGAACCGCCCGGAUUGGCUGCCAUGGGAGCAGCCUGCUCAUUUUGGCUCCUUCGGAGGCAGAAUAUGUCAACUCGUUGGCUUCUCACAAAAUCAAUGUAUCCGAGAUAAAGAUGGAGGACAUUUUAUCCAUUUUGACAACGGAUGAUCGUUUUAAAGCAAGACGAUGGGGGAACAAGAAAUCCCGCAGUGUUGGCCCCCAGGAAAUCCGAGAGCGAGCCACUGUCUUGCAGACAGCAUUUGAAGAUUACGUGCAUGCCAGUGCGGAGAGGGUCUCCUGGGCAAAGAAAGCUCUACAGUCCUUCAUCCGUGCCUAUGCAACCUACCCCAGAGACCUAAAGCAUAUUUUUCACGUCCGCUCCCUCCAUCUGGGUCAUGUGGCCAAGAGCUUUGGGUUGAGAGAUGCCCCCCAGAAUCUGAAUGUUUCUUCAGGAAACAAAAGGAAAUCAAAAUUGAAAAGGCCUGACCUUCAUAAGAAGACCCAGAGUAAACACCGUCUUGCUGAAAUCUUGCGUUCAGAAUACUCAAGUGGGAUGGAAGCUGGCGACGCCAAGGUCAAAAAGCAAAACAAACAUGGAAAACCACGCACUGCAGAGCUGAGUUGGAGCUCCCAACCUUUGCUGUGGGGGGGGAAGAAAAGAAAAUCUGGCUCUGGGAAACACUGAAAAAGCCCCAAAGACAUACUGUAUGGGGCAGUGAGACUUAGAUAUGACUUCUCAAAAACUGCCUCUGUAGAUAGGACAGAGCCUCAAGAUGGAUCUUGGAAGCUCUGAAUUGGCAAAUGUCCAAUUUUUGUCAAAGGAACCUUAUAAAAAAUAAGCAUGUUCCUCUUUUCCUGCAUGCCAAAUUUCAAAACAUUAUCAUUUCACUUACUCUUUCAUGAGUGGAGAAUAGAUAGAAUCCAAGGGAAGUAACCUCACAACAACAAUUAGCUAAUUAGUUGAUAUCUCUAUUCAUUCCAUUGUCAGUGGAAGUUGAUCAGGCCUUUAAGUGAGCAGUAGUAAAAAGAAAGUCAAAAGAACUCCAUCCUGAGUCCCUGGACACGUUUGGAUGUGCUAGCUCUUCAAAGCCUACACUGGCACCGGCUAGCCUCUGAAAUGCAUUAACCCUGCUGUCACAUACCGGCAUCUUAACAAAGUUUCACUAUUUUAUUUUUGUACUCUUUGGUGCCUUUGAUCUCAUUUGUAAAGCAGAGCUUGUGACAUGAAGAGUAGCUGUGUGACCUUGGGCAAAGCAGAUCCUUCUCUGGGCCUCAAUUUCCCUAUCCUUAAAGUAAAGGGGCAGGAUUUGUUGAUUUCUAAGGUCUGUUCCAGCUCUCAAAAUAUAAUUCUGUGAAAUGGGUGUAUAUAAGAAAUUUUAUUUAUAAAAAUUCCCUUCCCCAAUGCACGAGACUGCAAAUCAUUUUGUAAAACUAAUCAGAAAUACAGUGUUAUGGCAUACCCUGAGCUUCCCUAUUUUCUCUAAAU